UUAGUAUAUUAAGUACAAAAUUAGUGCACGAAAAUGGAGCACUUUACGUACAUUAAAGAAAUGUACUUUUUCACCUGGGUAUUCUAAUCAAUACUGCAAUCUCUUUAAAAUUCUAUAAUUGCUUUGUUAUAAUAACUACAAUAAUAAAAGACCAAUUAGAGCUCGGAUCAAUGAUGUGAAAGUGGUAAGUGGGAUAUAAGAGAGCGGAUGUGAGUUGUGGGGGAUUGAGUUGGAGGAGGAGGCUCGUGAGGCCCAUCAUCACAUGACGAGACGUUCGCGCCUCUUUCGUAAACCUCCAACCUGAUGAUCCCAAACAACGGAGUUUACGCGCUAGUUUAACUUAUGCGGAGGCCUUAAACACGUCAACUUAUUGGCUUCGUGAUCAUAGUUCACGCGAGGGUCUGAGCUGUGGCGAGAAAUGAGUAUGGAAACUGAAAUUGUGACAGUGUUUGUCGGUGGGAUAGGCUUUGUGUGUGUGGAGCAGCUGGGGAGCUAACAGACAAUGUAGGAGAUGGAUCAAUUAAUGGACUCUUGAACGCUUAGAUAUAUUUGGAGUUGUUUGUUUGUCUUAACUAAGUGUUAUGAAUAUGAAUGAAGCCUUAAAGAAACUAUCAUGGUGGAGUCCUUCAAAGAAAACCUUAACUUUAUUUUAAUAUAGCCUUCCUGCUAAGGUGCAUCUUGUGUAGUUAGUGAAGUAGUCUAGUAUCUACUGCGCUAGAUGCUCCUUUCGGCAGGAAUAGCUGUACAUUCAGCACAUGGAAGCAAAAUCCAAUUUAAGUUCUGUUCACUUGCAGUUUCCUGCUCUUUGACAUUGCCAUGCUGUUAAUCACAAUAUUUGAUUUUCUUUUUCCAUUGUUAUUAUUUUUCUAUGAUCUAUAUGAGUUUGUCCAGGCAGUUCCAAAGUGCUCACAGUGCAGGUAGUGCCAGUGUGUCUACUGCAAUGUUUGCACUUCUAGUAUUGCCGGUCGCCUUCACUCUGGAGCUGCACUAGAUGCUGCUGCUGCUGCUCCUUAUGGAAAAGCCCAGUUAUGUGGGGUGAGUUUUGCAGGAUUGCAUCCAGCCUUAUUACAACAUGCUGUGCAAAUCCAUGCAAAACUCGCUGCACCAGGGACAAACUUCUGACGAACAUGUCUACAAUCAAGAUGAUCUUUUUCAACCAUGCAGUUGCAUGCAGUUAUAGUUAAUAAGCAAAAAUGUUAUUUUCUUAAGUUUAAAUGUAUGCUGAGCUGCAAGUGCUGCCACAAUUCAAAGACAAUAUAUCAUAAUAGCAAAGAUAUAAGAUGCAUAUUUCUAUAUAGAUAAAUGAAAACACUUCAUUUAUAAUGCUAGAUCACAAAAAUAUGUAUAAAUGUAGUUUGUUUAUACUUUCAGUGGCACUUGCAUGCAAAUAUUUGUCUUGCUGUUUUCGGGUGGAUGACUUUGCAAUUUUAAUAGUGGCGAAAAUCUUCAAUAAAAAUUGCACGGUAUCCAUCUGUAAUCCGCUAGAUUCCACUACCUUAAUUUUUCUCUUUUGAAUAUGUAACUAUUGUAUUGUAGCAAAUUCUAUUCAAUUCUCAAUAAAAUUAUGACGUAAUUUUAUUCUGCCUCGCACUUUGAUUGCACAGAUUUGAUAGUGACUGUACGUGACAAAAUAUCCUUUGCCAACACCAGAUGGCAGCAGAUGCCUGGAGAUGUGACGACAUGUGUUGGUGGUUUGCAUAUUGAAUUUUUUUUUUUAUUAUUAUUUGUUACACACACGAAGGAUAGACAUCAGAAAAAACAAUCCCUUGCCGCUAUGAUCACAUUAGGCUACACUUUUUUUUUUAGCCAAUUAAAUUAGCUUAUAACUUAAUCGAAGACCGAGUCGGGGAAAAGUCCAUUUGAAAUGUAUCCCAGACUUGUUCUUGUUCUCCGUGUGCGCAUGACCGCAGCAGUGCGCGAGAUUGAUAGCGCGCCUCCUGUCUUCAAAACCAUAACUUUAAUUUUAACGAAAGUGUUAAAUACCAAGCUCUUCUGUAAUCGGUUCCUUUUGAAUAAUGCAAGAGUCAUGUGUAAAUCGCGCAGUCCCUCCUUUUCCAGGGAAUGUGACCUUGAUUUGUGAGCAUGAAGUUUGAGUGUUAAUGAGGUGGAGAUGAAGAGCUCCUCAUGACUCUCCUCACACUCACUUCAGCGAUGCUGCCGCUGAGUCCAGAACAGCGCUUUCUGUUCACUUCAAGCAACGCAGAUCGUUCCUGCUCUCUUCCUUUGCGUUUGUAAUCAGAUCUAGCACCAGGAAUCAUUUUUACUCCGUAUAUUUCUAUCUUUUGAGCGCAUUUGGACUCAUAAUGCCUGGACUGAAGUUGAGCGGUGCGCUGAUUCUGUGGGUCCUGAUGCUGCCGUUCUCUCGGCCGAACAGUCAGGUGCUGGACUGUCGCGAAGUGCGCUCGUCUUUUCAGUUUUUGUACCCGGGGAUGAAAUGGACCCCAGAAACGCCAGUCUCAGGCUCAGAUCUGCAGGUGUGCCAGCCGAAAGGCCUGACCUGCUGCUCUCGCAAAAUGGAGGAGCGUUACCUGCUCAUUGCCAAACAGAAUAUGGAGUCAAGUCUUCAGGCCACCAGCGCUCAGCUUAAAGUUCUCAUCAUUCAGAAUGCUGCUCUCUUUCAAGAGGCUUUUGACAUGGUGCUCCGUCUGGGUCGUAAUUCCACUCUGACGCUGAUACGGGAGGAGUUUCCCGGUUUGGGGGCUGGAGCCAGCGGAGCCAUAUCACAGUUAUUCCUGGACAUGUCUCUCUACAUCCUGGGCUCAGAUGCUAAUGUAAACGACAUGGUCUCCACCUUCUUCUCCCGCCUUUUUCCUCUCACCUACCGGCGUCUUCUUGGCAACGGGGCGGUGACGGGCAUCUCGGAAGAUUGUCUCCGUGGGGCCUGGCGGGGAGCCUCUGCUUUUGGGUCGUUUCCCAAGAUGAUGAUGACCCGGCUGUCUCGCUCGCUCCUGGCCACUCGGGUGUUCCUGCAAGCGCUGAACCUGGGCAUCGAAGUGGUCAACACCACCCAGCACCUGCGGGCGGGCAGGGACUGCGGGCGCUCGCUGCUGAAGCUCUGGUACUGCCCUCACUGUCAAGGCCUGCUGGAGGCCCGGCCGUGCCGCCCGCUGUGCGUCAGCACCAUGGGAGCGUGUCUAGGGGGAGCGGCGGAGGUGCAGCCUCACUGGAAGGCAUAUGUGGAGGAACUGGGGACACUCGCCACUGCCAUGAAGGGAGAGCAAGACAUCGAGGCCGUGGUGCUCAGACUGCAUGUCAUUAUCAGACAGGCUCUCAAACAAGCUGUGGCGACUAAAAGCAAAGUCAGCGCACAGGUGAGCGGGAUAUGUGCACACGCGCCCGCACGGGUGUCUCGUGCUGUGGCGCUGUCCAAAGAACACGUGGCAGCCUCGCCGGUGCCCCACAACCGUCCUCCGGUGAACUUUGACCCCGAUGAAACCCUCUUUGGACGCCGCAGGGAGUUUAUCUCUGGUCUGAGGGGCUUCAGUCAGUUCUACAGUGGUCUCGGAGAAGCUUUGUGCAGCAAAGAGCCGGCAGCACUCAACAGCUCCCUCUGCUGGAACGGACAGGAGAUGACAGACAAGUUUCCUGGUCCAGGGCUGAAGAGAGUCCAUCCACACGGCUCAGAAUCCAGACAAAAACCUCCUGAACCCGUCAUCAGUCAGAUCAUCGACAAACUCAAACACAUCAAUCAGCUUUUACGGAUGGUGACGUUGCCUGAGAAGCGAUGGAAGGCUCAUCCAGGAGGGGGCGCUGCGAGAAGAGACCCAGCCGGACAGGGCCAGGCAGACGAGGAUGAGGAGGGUCUAGAAAGCGGGGACUGCGAUGAUGAAGAUGAGUGUACUGGCGUUUCAGGACUCGGGCCACCGAGACGCAACCGGGCCCCGAGACGCAACCGUCUGCGCAUCUUCUCAGAUUUGGCAGAUAACUUGGCAAUUGAUGACUUGACGCUUCACGAGUUGCUCCUGACUCCCACACUGGCUAAAGACGCAAAAGGCGGAGCUUCCGUAACUGGAGCGGCACGGGCGGCAUCUGUUCCUAGUGCAACCUUCAUCUUUACCAUCAUCAUCCUCAUAACAUUAGGUAUUCAGUGAUGAAUCCAUCUCCAAACCCGUUUGAUCAGAAACGAUACCGAUGCCCGUGUGUACAUAAAGCUCCAUGGUUUUGGCCAAGGACAAGAACCUUUCUUCUUCUCAGCCUCAAGUCUUACUAUAUGAACUUCUUCUUUUCUAUAUUUUGUGUGGACCUGAGGAUUUCAGUAUCAUCUACCACGCUCAGACUAAUGAACAGCAUGAAGAGCAUUACUUAUACAUACAAGAAUCAUGUUCUUUCCCUCCAUGCUCGUAUGCCACACAACAGCCAUGUGUUUUGCAUUGAGCAUCGCCUCCCCUUUGCUAUACACAUGCAGUUUUACACAAAGGCCAAAGCCUUCUGGAGGAAAAGGAGCUAAAUCGCUUUUGAAAAGACAAAGAGGCUCAGCUUUUGUGAGUGAAUGGGCACACUUAAGGAGAAGGAAGCGUGACUGACAGAGUCUGAGAACACGUACAACCGCUCUAGUGGCGCAGACCGUCUCUCAUACAUACACUGCAGUGAGCUUCUCCUCUGCCGCUCAUUUCCUGUGCAGUAAAUGACCCUUGGAGCGGAGGACAUCAAGGCAUCGGCAUGUCGUUGUGAAACCCUCUCCUUACAGCGCGACACAGCUGUACUUCAUUUACAAAAAAAUGCUUUUAAACUGUUUUAUUAGAAUGCUGACUUUCCCUUUUCAGAAAUUGUGGUAUUUUAUAAUCUCUCUUUGAUUUCGUCUCUCAUUAUCUCUCUCAUUUCCUCUAUUCUUGCAUUAUAAUCGUGUGAUUAAAGCGUUCUCUUAAAUGGACACCCUC